CGAAGAAGAGGAGCAGGUUACACCAGGAAGAUCAGGAUCGGUCUGUGGAAAUGAAGCAGGAGUACCAAGACCUCAUCCUACAGACAUGCGGUGCUUCUUCUCUGCGUGUUGGUGCUAAGAUCCAGACCCUGUGGAGCGGCUACGGAGAGAUAGUGCGGCUACACCUUGAGGGAUGUGGGCGACCCUCUGUGGUGGUCAAACAUGUCAAGUUUCCGGAAGAGGCAGAGCACCCUGGCGGCUGGAACACAGACCGCUCCCAUGCCCGUAAGGUGAGAUCCUACCAGGUGGAGACCCACUGGUACCAGAACUAUUCAACCAAUGAGAGUUGUCGCAUUCCCUCCUGCCUUGCCGCCCGUUCCUAUGGUGACGAGAUGCUGAUAGUUUUGGAGGAUCUGGAUGUGGCGGGCUAUGACCAAAGAAGGACCAGCAUUAAGGACAAAGAGAUAAAGGCAUGUCUGAGCUGGCUCGCCCACUUCCAUGCUCUCUUCUUGGAUGUACCUCCUGAGGGUCUGUGGCCUGUUGGGACCUACUGGCACCUGGACACCCGGCCGGAUGAGCUGGAAGCCAUGGAUGAUGCAGAGCUUAAAGCGGCAGCGGGCGAUAUUGACAGGGUCCUUAAUGAUUGUCACUUUAAAACCAUUGUUCAUGGAGAUGCCAAGCUGGCUAACUUCUGCUUCUCCAAGAGCGGACUCCAAGUGGCUGCUGUUGACUUUCAGUAUGUUGGCGGCGGCUGUGGGAUGAAAGACGUUGUGUAUUUUCUUGGUAGCUGCAUGGAUGAGAGAGAAUGUGAAAAAAGGGUACCAGGAUUGUUAGAUCACUAUUUCACAGAACUGAAGUUAUUUGUUAAAACAGACGUGAGCUUUAAUGCUCUUGAGAAAGAAUGGAGAGAGAUGUUUGCAUUCGCAUGGACGGACUUUCAUCGUUUUCUUCUGGGAUGGAUGCCAGGACACUGGAAGAUCAACCGGUACAGUAAGCAGCUGACCAAGGAGGUUCUGCACAAACUGAAGCAGUAGUAACAAUAUAGAUCAUUAGAUUUCAGGCUGUAAAGAUUUAAGUCUGAUGGAGAUUGACACAGAAAAGAGCCAGCCAAACAAACUCCCUAAUGCACUUUACUCUGUGUAUCGUCUAACAUUGUAUUAUUUUUUAAACAAAACCAGUCAUCAAAAAAUUGGUUAAAAAUGUUUUUAUGCCUAUUAUAAAAACCAUUUGUUCAAGUUUCACCAAGCAAGUUAUAAAUUUUCUGAAAGGUAAUGCAUUAAACCGUCUUGGUUUACA